AGAGUUCGACGGUAUUUUUAAUCGGAGUGGUCACACUGACACGCAGUAAACAGAGAUUUUAUCGUGGAAAAAAAACUUGAUUUAAACGCUUAAAACGCGCAUAAAACAAUUAAAUAAAGGUGCUUAAAUGUGUUUAGAAUUACCCCUCUUAUAUAAAAUAGCAUAAGCGACCCAAAUACAAUUAAAGCAGAAGCAGCAGAAAAAGAAGCGCCGAGAGAGUAGAAGAAACGUUUACCUAAUUACGUAUUCCAAUCAUGGACGAGGCGAACAUACAGGACAAGGAGCGCUUCGCCAGUCGCGAGAACCACUGCGAGAUCGAGAGGCGGAGACGCAAUAAAAUGACGGCCUACAUAACAGAGCUCUCGGACAUGGUGCCCACAUGCAGUGCCCUGGCCAGAAAACCCGAUAAAUUGACCAUACUCCGCAUGGCCGUGGCGCACAUGAAGGCACUGCGGGGCACUGGCAACACCAGCAGUGAUGGCACCUACAAACCCUCCUUUCUCACCGACCAGGAACUAAAGCAUCUCAUCCUGGAGGCGGCCGACGGGUUCCUCUUUGUGGUAUCGUGUGAUUCGGGUCGCGUGAUCUACGUCUCCGACUCGGUGACGCCCGUGCUGAAUUACACCCAGAGCGACUGGUACGGCACCAGUCUGUACGAGCACAUACAUCCCGAUGAUCGUGAGAAGAUCCGCGAGCAGUUGUCCACCCAGGAAUCGCAAAAUGCUGGACGCAUCCUGGAUCUCAAAUCGGGCACAGUGAAAAAGGAGGGACAUCAGUCUUCGAUGCGGUUGAGCAUGGGCGCCCGUCGCGGUUUCAUUUGCCGCAUGCGCGUGGGUAAUGUCAACUCGGACUCUAUGGUCUCGGGACAUCUGAAUCGACUGAAGCAGCGCAACUCGCUAGGACCGUCGCGCGAUGGCACCAACUUUGCUGUGGUCCAUUGCACGGGCUAUAUCAAGAAUUGGCCGCCCACGGAUAUGUUCCCCAAUAUGCACAUGGAGCGGGAUGUGGACGACAUGACGUCCCACUGCUGCCUGGUGGCCAUCGGUAGGCUGCAGGUCACCUCCACGGCAGCGAACGACAUGAGCGGCUCUAACAAUCAGAGUGAAUUCAUCACACGCCAUGCCAUGGACGGGAAAUUCACGUUUGUCGAUCAGCGAGUGCUCAACAUUUUGGGCUACACCCCGACGGAGCUGCUCGGCAAGAUUUGCUACGACUUCUUUCACCCCGAAGAUCAGAGUCACAUGAAGGAGAGCUUCGACCAGGUGCUCAAGCAGAAGGGACAGAUGUUCUCGCUGCUCUACAGGGCACGGGCCAAGAAUUCCGAAUACGUUUGGCUGCGCACCCAGGCGUAUGCCUUCCUCAAUCCCUAUACCGAUGAGGUGGAGUACAUUGUGUGCACGAAUAGCUCCGGGAAGACCAUGCACGGUGCACCCAUUGACGCCGCUGCGGCCCAUACACCUGAGCAGCAGCAACAACAGCAACAGCAGCAGCAGCAGGAGCAUGUCUAUGUGCAGGCACCUGGCGUGGAUUACACACGCAGGGAGCUCACUCCCGCGGGCAGUGCCACCAAUGAUGGCAUGUACCAGACCCACAUGCUCACAAUGCAGGCGCCCACGCCACAGCAGCAGCAACAGCAGCGUCCGGGAUCGGCUCAAAACACGCCGGUGGGCUAUGCCUACGACACAACGCAUUCGCCGUACAGCGCAGGUGGCGGUGGACCCUCGCCACUGGCCAAGAUUCCCAAGUCGGGCACAUCUCCUACGCCCGUGGCGCCCAAUGCGUGGGGCGCACUGCGGCCGCAGCAACAGCAGCAGCAACAACAACAGCCCGUCACCGAAGGCUAUGCGUAUCAGCAGACCAGUCCGGCACGGUCACCGAGUGGGCCGACGUACACGCAGCUAAGCGCUGGCAAUGGCAAUCGACAACAGCAACCGCAGCCGCAGGGACCAUAUCAGGCAGCACAACCACCGCCGCCACCGAAUGCGCCGGGCAUGUGGGACUGGCAGAAUGCAGGAGGACAUCCGCAUCCUCCCCAUCCGACGGCACAUCCGCAUCAUCCGCAUGCACAUCCCGGAGGACCAGCCGGUGCUGGCCAGCCGCAGGGUCAGGAGUUCUCCGAUAUGCUGCAGAUGCUCGAUCACAGUGCACCCACAACAUUCGAGGAUUUGAACAUAAAUAUGUUUAGCACGCCGUUUGAGUAAUCACCCCCCCACAAACAAAGUCCAAUCAAAUCCAAUUCAAUCACAGAACACUCUAUCGUCCCCCGUCUCUCUUGACCAUUUCUCAAGUGCAAUCUAUUGGAAAAUUGUUGAAAUAUUUCAGCCAAAACGCAGACACUCACAUGGUAAUCUCUCGUAAAUAGCAAUUUAAGUACAUAACAAUGUGGCACGUACGCAACAAUUCCGAUAUUCGUAAGAAUUCGUAUCUUUAUUUUUGUCGGCCCCUCCGCUACUUUAAAUCCGCUAAUUCGCAACAGUUAAAGGUAUUUAUGUACAUUUAAAGUGUGUACAGACGCAACAGCGAUAAUGUGUAUUCAGAGCCUAUGAAUUCUAAGCGAUUUCUGUAACAAAUGGAAUUCUUUUAAGAGCCUUUGGCUUGGGAGUUGAAUUCUCUCUUAUUUUCUUUUCUCAUUAAGUGCUCCAAAUUUCAAGUUCAUAAGCAACUAAUACAUUUAAUACAUAUACAAAUGGUAGUCUAAUAUACACAAAUUGUUAAUUUUAAGCAAAUAC